AUGGCUCAAGAUCGUCUCAUCGAGAUCCCGUCAGGGGCCUCCAUCACCGUCAAACUCAUCAACCCUGUGAACUUCGGGCCCUCCCAUCUCACGCGGUUUAUGGCCCCCCAAGUCCCCGGCCUCGACACCUUCGCACGAAACCCCGCAUUUUCUUUCUUGAUCGAGCAUUCAUCCGGUCGUAAGCUGGUGUUCGAUCUUGGGAUUCGCAAAGACUGGGAGAACUACGCGCCUAAGAUCGCAGAGUAUAUCCCGACGACGGGGUACAAGAUCGAAGUAACGCAGCAUGUCGCUGAUAUACUUGAGGAACACGGUGUCAAGGCCAAAGAUGUUGAAGCGGUUAUUUGGAGUCACUGGCACUGGGACCACAUAGGCGAUCCUUCGACCUUCCCCCCAAGUACAGACCUUAUUGUCGGCCCUGGUUUCAGAGAUGCCAUGCUUCCAGGGUACCCGGCAAACCCGGACUCUCCAAUCCGCGAGACUGACUACGCGAACCGCACCCUCCGCGAAAUCCCCUUCACAGGCCCCACCACCCUCCACAUCGGCCAAUUCCCUGCCUACGACUACUUCGGUGACGGCUCCUUCUACCUCCUCGACAGCCCCGGCCACGCAAUCGGCCAUCUCUGUGGACUCGCCCGCACAACUACAGCCCCAGACACAUUCAUCCUCAUGGGCGGAGAUAUCGCUCACUACACGGGGAUCUUCCGGCCUUCAAAGCACCUACCCCUGCCCGACUCCAUCCAACCCCAUCCCAUAUUUCCAAGCUGCGAGGCCGCAUUCUGCCCCGGGAGCGCAUGGGAAGAACUCCAGUCCUCUCGAGGAAGAAAGGUAACAGACAGUCUCUUCGAGCCGACAUUCGGCCACGAUAUCCCACUUGCGAUCGAGACGAUUAGUAAGUUACAGGAGAUCGAUUGUGACGAGGACGUGCUCGUGAUUACCGCGCAUGAUUUCGCGGUCAGGGAUGGGGUGGACCAUUUCCCGGCUGCUUUGAAUGACUGGAAAGAGAAAGGGUGGGGGAGGAAGCUUCGGUGGGCCUUUUUGAGAGAGUUGGAGGCAUAUUGGAAAGCGAAGGGGUUGGUUGAGUAG